UUUGCGCCGUUAUAGCCGCGCGCCGGCGUGUCCCUUAUUUAUUUAUUGCCUUACUCAUUUAUUUUUCACUUCAAAAAAUUUUUUUAACGAAUAAAAAUUUUAUUUUUCUUUGUCAUUCCUUUUAUAUUUUAGUGGUUUAUUUUUAAAACUCUAUAUCUUUGAGAGAAAAAUUUUAUUUUUUAAAUGAUGACUCACCCUUUAAAAUUUACCCAUUUUAUAAAGCGGGCUCGUUUUCUCAAUAUCAGUUAAUUAGAUUAAAAAUUAGAGUAUUCGACGCUGGACAAAGCCGUGGGGAAUUUUCGGAGUUCAGGUCCUAAAUCUGCAUCUUUCUUUUGCAUUUUCUUUCGCGAUUUCCGAUUUCCGAGCCGGAUUGAGCAAGAAACCCCGGUCAGGUCCGGGGUCUUCCUGUAAGAGAAAGGAAGCCCAAAAUCCGGUUUCCGGAUCCGGAAAUCUUUUUCCUGAAGACCUCAAAUUAUUUGCAGACCCCUAAAUUAAUUUCCAGAACCCUAACUUGGCGAUGUGUUCAAUUAAUUAUAAAAAUGACAUUUGAUCCCUCCCCUAUAAAAACAAAAAAUCAUCGUGUUAUUUAAAGCGGUACAGCCCAAAACGGCGCGCGGCCAUAACGGCGCAGAGCCAUACCCCAAAAAUCAUCGUGUUAUUUAAAGAAAUUAGUACGUCAUUGUUUGUUUGUUUAGUCGACCUUGCAUUUUUCUUUCCUUUUAGUUUUUGCUCGUUUCAUGUGCUUCUCUUUACUAAUUAAUUAAUUUUCCCCUUCUAGAAAACGCUUAAAGAAAAAUUUCUAAAAAAUGGCUCAAAACCCACUCCUUUACGGCUAUUUCCAAGCUGUCGACCAAGACAAAUCUGGAAAGAUUAGCACAAAUGAAUUGCAACGUGCUUUGUCUAAUGGAAGUUGGCGACCAUUUAAUCAGGAAACGUGCCGAAUGAUGAUUUCGAUGUUUGACAAGGACAAUGAUGGAGGGAUUGGAUUUAAUGAAUUUCAGUCUCUUUGGGCGUACAUCAAUGAUUGGAGCAACACUUUUCGUAGUUAUGACCGCGAUAAUUCGGGAAGCAUUGAUAAGGGCGAGUUGAAGAAUGCGCUUACUCAAUUUGGUUAUCGUCUUUCUGACCGUUUCUACAAUAUGGCAAUCCAAAAGUUUGACCGUAGCCAUUCCGGAAACAUCAAAUUCGACGACUUUAUUCAACUCUGUGUUGUUCUUCAGACGUUGACGGCCGCUUUUCGUGAGAAGGAUACUGACCAGGAUGGCUACGUUAAAAUUCAUUAUGAGGACUUUUUGUUGAUGGUUUUCUCUUUGAGACUUCAAUAGAGAGGUUAAGAAUAUGGAGGAGAGGAUAAAUAUAAAAUAAAGAAAAUGGCAAAGGUUCACUUG